AACCGACGAAUAUUCGAAACCACAAUCUGCAUUUGUUUUCCUCUCUACUCUGCCUCGCUGUGUGUGGUGUUUUGCUUAAAAUCCACCUAAACGCCCGACCAAUCUGAGUGCUGCGAUGGCCAACUGUAUUCUGCGCGGUUCACUGUCGAAGCCAGCAAUGGCUUUCGCGCGUACACUCGUGGCCAGCCAAACCCUGCCGAAGGCGCCCUUUUUCACGGCCAGCCUGCUGACGCCGGCACGCAAACCGCAGAUGUUCUCCUCCACCGUACGUAACUUUGCCGUUUCGCCUGUACGGUGUUCGAGCGGUGGCAGUCACGUUACGCUGUGGAAUGCCGAACGUGCCCUGUCCCUGGCCCUGCUGGGUGUGAUUCCGGUUGGGUUGAUGUUCCCAUCGCAGGUCGGUGACUCCCUGAUCGCCGUGAGCAUUGUGAUGCAUCAGCAUUGGGGUUUGGAAGCUAUCGUGACGGACUACGUGCGUCCAAUUCUGUUCGGAACGACCGUACCGAAGCUUGCCCAUGGCCUAUUGCUUGUUGUGUCCGCGGCCACACUCGGUGGAUUGUUCUAUUUCAACUACAACGACAUCGGAAUUGCAGGUGUCGUCCGUAAAAUCUGGUCUACCAAAGCGAAGGAAUAGAUAGUGCUGCAUUACACCGCACUAGCAAAAAUAAGUGGUGGGAGAAUUAAUUAUUAUUAUUAUGGGUGCUCCUACGCAUGGGAGCCGAUAGAGAUUAGAAUUUGUGUUUCGAGAUGCUUAGUUAGCGUAGCUUGCUACGAACAUUGUACACACACUGCGUUGAGAGUGUGAAGAGUUUUCGCAAAAAGAAUUUCGUAAAUCAAACCAAAUUUAUUGUAAAAUGUAUAAAUUGCCUGUCUCAACCCUGAGGUCACCGCGAGACGUUCGAUAAUGUAAAUAAAUCGACGUUAAACGGACAGAUUCUA